AUGAACCGCUUCAAUGGACUCUGCAAGGUGUGCUCGGAGCGGAGGUACAGGCAGGGCUGUUCCCCCAUUACGAUCCCUCGAGGAAGCGACGGGUUUGGCUUCACAAUCUGCUGUGACUCCCCAGUCCGUGUGCAGGCAGUGGACUCCGGGGGCCCAGCAGAAAAGGCCGGUCUGCAGCAGCUCGACACGGUGCUGCAGCUGAACGAGCAGCCUGUGGAACACUGGAAAUGUGUGGAUCUGGCGCAUGAAAUCCGUAACUGUCCCACAGAGAUCAUACUGCUGGUCUGGAGGCUCGUCCCGCAGGUCAAGUCAGGACCUGAAGGCAUGAUCCGCAGAUCGUCCUGCAAGUCUGCCUAUGACCUCCAGUCGCCACCCAACAAGCGGGAAAAGAACAGCACCGUGCCCCCGCGGCCCGAGCAGCGCCGGAGCUGCCACGUACUGUACGAUGGGAGCGACGGGCUGGUGCUGAACAGCUGGGAGAGGUACACGGAGAUCGGCAAGCUGAGGCAGAACACCAUGCCACCGCUGUCCCGGGUCCCCUCUGCCGCGGACCAGAACUACAUCAUCUUAGCGCCCUUGAACCCGGGAAGCCAGCUGCUGAGGCCUGUCUAUCAAGAGAACAACGCUGCUGGGGGAAACGCAUGCAAAGGGAAAUCGCACACGGGGUCUGGGAGAAAAUCCAGGCUGAUGAAGACUGUGCAGACGAUGAAGAGCUACGGGAACUACCAGAACUGCACCAUAGUGAGGCCGCACAUCCCGCACUCCAGCUACGGCACAUAUGUGACGCUGGCUCCCAAGGUGCUGGUGUUCCCCGUCUUCGUGCAGCCCCUAGAUCUCUGCAACCCAGCCCGGACUCUGCUUCUGUCAGAGGAGCUGCUGCUUCACGAGAGCAGAAGCAGGACCAUACAGGUGACCCUCUUUGUCUACUCCGACCUGCUGCUCUUCACCAAGGAGGACGAGCCUGGGCGCUGCAACGUGCUGAGGAACCCUCUCUACCUGCAGAGUGUCAAGCUCCAGGAGGGUUUGGAAGAUCGGAAAUUCUGCAUCCUUUACCUUGCGGAGAAGUCGGAGUGCUUAUUAAGUUUGGAGGCUUACUCCGAGGAGCAGAAGAAGAGGAUCUGCUGGUGUCUGGCCGAGAACAUCACCAAGCAGCAACAUCCGGCGUCGGCUCCUACGGAGAACAAGAUGCUGGAGACAGACGCUGAGAAGCCGGGGCAGAUGCCCUCAGAGGAUGGGAAGGCGACAGCAGGUGAUGCUCCUCCAGCCGCAGAGACACCGACUCCGGCUGAGUCCCGGGAAGCUCUGGGAGCCACUCAGGGUCCUCUCCUGGCAGAAGAGCAGCCGGUGGCCACCAAGAAGGAAGAGGAGCAGCCCAGCUCCCUGCCAGCCUUCGUCAUCCCUGAGCUCCGGCUCGACAGCACCUUCAGCCAGAGUGCAGCGGGCACGGUGGGUGGUACCACGGACGGCGAGGACGAGGAGGAGGAGGAGGACGAGGAAGAUGAGGACGAGGAAGAUGAGGAGGAAGACAGUGACGAACACUACUUGGAGAGGAACGAGGCGAAGCGCAGCAGCAUGAUCGAGACGUCGGGCUGUCAGCCCGUCUACACGCUGAGCGUGCAGAGCUCGCUGCGGCGCCGGACCCACAGCGAGGGGAGCUUGCUGCAGGAGGCCAAGAGCCACUGCUUCACCUCCGACACCACGCUCAACUGCUCGGACAGCCAGGGCACCAAGGGACACUGGGCCCUGCCCUCCCCCAGGACCCUCAAAAAAGAGCUCACUAAAAACGGCGGCUCCAUCCACCAGCUCACCCUGCUGUUUUCGGGUCACAGGAAGCUGAGCGGAGCCGACCCCGAAUGCAGCUGUGACGAAGGGGAUGAGACCUCCCGCAAGAAACGGAGCAGGAACCUGCCCACUCCCGAGGAAGCUCUGAAGUGGGGGGACUCCCUGGAGAAGCUGCUGCUGCACAAAUACGGGCUCGCUGCCUUCAGGGCCUUCCUGCGCACCGAGUUCAGCGAGGAGAACCUGGAGUUCUGGCUGGCCUGCGAGGAGUUCAAAAAGAUCAAAUCCCAGUCCAAGAUGGUCUCCAAGGCCAAGAAGAUCUUUGCCGAGUACAUCGCCAUCCAGUCCUGCAAGGAGGUCAAUCUGGACUCCUACACGCGGGAGCACACCAAGGAGAACCUGCAGAACAUCACCCGCGGCUGCUUCGACCUCGCACAGAAGAGGAUUUACGGGCUCAUGGAGAAGGACUCCUAUCCCCGCUUCCUCCGCUCUGACUUGUACUUAGACAUAAUUAACCAGAAGAAAGCCAGCUCCCCACUGUAGACCCAAGGACUCUGUCAGGGCAGGCUGGGGGCUGUGUGUUUACAUGAAAUUCAGUGGCAGAGGCCUUCCCUGGGGCCGGCGGGAGUGUGCCUUCCC